AUGGCUCUGUUCUGUCCAACCUGUCACAAUAUGUUGUUGCUGCGGCGGGAUGAACAAAUGGAAUUUUACUGCCAGACUUGCCCCUACGUAUUCGCCAUAAAGCAGAAAGUGGCGCGCAAGAUCCUUCUUACACCCAAGAAAGUUGAUGAGCCACUCUCGGAUAGUUUGCAAGACACAGGCGCUAAAAUUCCCGCUGUCUGCCCGAGCUGUUCUCACACCGAGGCUUUCUUCUAUCAGAUUCAAAUUCGCUCAUCAGAUGAGCCUAUGACGUCCUUCUUUACCUGCACUGAAUGUAGGUUCAGAUGGCGGGAGAAUUAA